AUGGAGACGAAUGGCGUCAAUGGCGUCACUCAAUGCCCCAUCGCUCCAGAUGAUACCUUUACAUAUGAGUUUCGCGCUCUUCAGACCCAUAACUAUCUUUGGGCCGUCGUCAGCUCACUAUGA